GACUGUCACUUCUCGGAUUUGUGCAAGCUUCACAACGCAGCAUACCACAGACAGAGACAGACUGGAUAGAUAGAUGAUGGAGAAAGACUGGGAGCAUGAGAGAACGCUUACGGGUAAAGGAAAUGGGAACACCAGGAUAAUGAGGUUGGAGGAGGCGGGUCUCUAUUAAGUCAAAGGAAGGGGAGGAGUCACUGAACAGUUUUUACAAAGACCAGCCCUUACCGAGAAGCACCUCAAAAUAGGUAUGUAUGUGACCACCUAUAGUUACCAUAUCCUUUCACUGAAUGACUCAUCUGCCUAUGACAAUCUAGUUCUGUUCUGUACCCUGAUCGUGACCCCCAGGUAGUUUUAUGUGACAUUGUUUUCAUGAUGCAGUAAAACACCUUGUCUCGCAUAGUUUCACGCUUUAAACAUCGAGUCCCUUGAUUUAUUAUCUUUCUCAAACAUCAUCGUUAUCAUCAUAAUGUAUAAUAAAAAAUAUUAUAAAAUUAAGUAAAUAUUUCAACAGAUAUUACACUGCUACUACACUGUUAUCUCAACAAUUAAGUAAUACUAAAAGUAAUGCAGAAUUAACUAAAUUCAUUGUUGAUUAUUAUAUGAAAAAUUACAUACAGUAUGUUAACAAAUGUACAUAUACGUAAACCUACAAUUCUUACAAAUAUUUCCCAGAAUACAAAGCUGGUCUUAAUAUCUCUCUCAUAGUAGCUUGCUCUGGUAGAUAGUGCCUGAAAUGGAGUGAGGGUGUGGCAGGGAGGGGUGGGGUGGUGGUGUACUGUAGCGCUGUGGACCUCCAGGGUUGUGGCUGGAGUGAAAGCAACAGACCUUCCCCAUGCUGGGUCCUGGGUCCCAGGCAGCUAUUACAGACCUUCCCCAUGCUGGGUCCUGGGCCUCAGGCAGCUAUUACAGACCUUCCCCAUGCUGGGUCCUGGGCCUCAGGCAGCUAUUACAGACCUUCCCCAUGCAGGGUCCUGGGCCUCAGGCAGCUAUUACAGACCUUCCCCAUGCUGGGUCCUGGGUCCCAGGCAGCUAUUACAGACCUUCCCCAUGCUGGGUCCUGGGUCCCAGGCAGCUAUUACAGACCUUCCCCAUGCUGGGUCCUGGGUCUCAGGCAGCUAUUACAGACCUUCCCCAUGCUGGGUCCUGGGCCCCAGGCAGCUAUUACAGACCUUCCCCAUGCUGGGUCCUGGGCCUCCAAGGCAGCUAUUACAGACCUUCCCCAUGCUGGGUCCUGGGUCUCAGGCAGCUAUUACAGACCUUCCCCAUGCUGGGUCCUGGGUCCCAGGCAGCUAUUACAGACCUUCCCCAUGCUGGGUCCUGGGUCUCAGGCAGCUAUUACAGACCUUCCCCAUGCUGGGUCCUGGGUCCCAGGCAGCUAUUACAGACCUUCCCCAUGCUGGGUCCUGGGUCCAAGGCAGCUAUUACAGACCUUCCCCAUGCUGGGUCCUGGGUCCCAGGCAGCUAUUACAGACCUUCCCCAUGCAGGGUCCUGGGCCUCAGGCAGCUAUUAUAGAUCUUCCCCAUGCUGGGUCUUGGGUUCCAGGCAGCUAUUACAGACCUUCCCCAUGCUGGGUCCUGGGCCUCAGGCAGCUAUUACAGACCUUCCCCAUGCUGGGUCCUGGGCCUCAGGCAGCUAUUACAGACCAGUGAACUCCACCCUGGGGAAUUCACUCACUCACUCACUCACUCACUCACUCACUCACUCACUCACUCACUCACUCACUCACUCACUCACUCACUCACUCACUCACUCACUCACUCACUCACUCACUCACUCACUCACUCACUCACUCACUCACUCACUCACUCACACACUCACACACUCACUCACACACUCACUCACGUAUCCUGAUUAUCCCAACACUGUCAAUCUCAGAACCAGACCAGUCCAGAACCAUGUAGUACUGAGGGGGUGUACCUCUUCUUCAACACCCCUGCAACAGCUACAGCAUGUCCUUGUUUGGACAUGGAUUCUGUACUUAGUUUUGUUCUUGGCUUCACUUUACCUUUAAAAGAUCUGAAGCUAAAACGUACAGUAAAAAGGUAUCUUAGUUUUAUGGCUAAUAAUAUAAUUUUUUCUUACAACAUAAUAUUUGGAUAGUUAACAUUACAAAACAUUUUUAUAGAUUUUUAGUAAGCUAUUAAUUUAUAAAUUACAUUGUUUUAGCUUUAAAAAUAUGAAUACACUUUCAUGACUUUGCUUGAGAGUGAGAAGUAUUUAGUGUACUGUAAGUGCAUCCAUUCAUUUGAAAAUAUUGUAAAUGGAUGUUAAUGCUCUCUUUUAACAUUUAUUUGUUCAUUUAAAGAUGCAUCAGUAAAUAUAGAUUAUUUUCUGUGUCUAUUGAAAAUAUUGUCAGGUAGAUAGGUAGGUAGAUAGGUUGAUAGAACAUUUGAAUAUUAGUCUCUAUUGACUAUUACAUUUAUUAUCUUUGAGCUAGCCCUCAAUAUUGUUUUAAGAACGUAUCUUAUGUUUGCUCAUUCGACACGAUGAUCAUAGUAAGAAAAAGUGCUGAAGCUUUUCUAUCAUUAGAGUAUCAUAUUUCAAAGCAUAACAUUCAUUCUCUUCAAAGGCUUUGUUAUCAUUUCCGAGUCCAUGCAAUCCCAUGUGAUACUACUGCUCUCGUUGUGUUUAUUUAGUCUGUCGCUCAACCUCAUAAUCUUCUUAUUUCUAACACCAUGCAUGACAGCUAGCAGAAAGAAUACAGUAACUAUCCAUAUUACAAAAAUAUUCCCAUGCAAUCUGUAAAGACUUUUGAGAUUUGAUUACUCAACUUUUCACAAAUGUUCAUGAAUUAGCUAAAUGGUUAAAUUAUAAUAAUUAUGUUGAAGAUUAAUAAUUUGUGGGGAUGAAUAAUGUGAAUUUAGAUAUUUAUGAAAAUGAAUCUUACAAAAAAAAAUUUUCAAUAGAGAAAGUUAAGGAAUAAAUACAUAAUCAAACAGUACUUUUUUUUAAGAAGCAUGUCGGCACAAAGCAUUUAGAAAUCAAAUACUACCACAAUAUACUGUAUUUUUUUUAUAUGUAUAGUCAUUUCAAUUUUGGUUUAUCUUUACUUGAUAAAUUAUCAGUUGAACAUUGUGGAAAAAUAUUUUAUUAGUCUAUUCUAGUUAUUUUUAUUUUUAUUAUUAGCGUGAUUAUAACCAUUCCUGUUGUCAUUAUUUCUACUUUUGUUGUUGAUAUUGUAGUCAUGUAGUUAUAUUGUAUAUGUACCAUUUACUGUGGUUAUAUGUUUGAAUUUGGGUAGUUUGGGGUUGUUAAAUAAACCUCUUAUAUGUAUAUAUUAAUAGUACAUGUUCUAUUAGGUCUAUACCUCCUCUUGUUGACAUUUUCUUGUUGUUGUGUAAAUAAUCUUUGUAAUAUAUAAUUAAAUGAAUCUUGAUUUAUACCAAACAACAUGCUUGUUGCUGAUAUCGUCACCCUUCAUCUAUCUCAGCCAGUCAGCCUCUCUCUCUAGCCUUGGCCCUGCAAAGACCAGACAUAAUGUGACAGGUAUAAGGACAAACGCACAAUGAAGAGAACAUCUGAGAGACCCCGUUUAGCCAAGGUUGAUGACCCUCCUGCACUUAGCAAUGCAAAAUACAGAAUACAAAUAAUAAUAAAGAUAUGAAAAUGUCA